AAUAUGAUGCCUUCAUUUCAUACAGAUCCACACAGCGUGACCAAAACUUUGUUGUUAACAAAAUGUUCUAUACUCUAGAAAACAUUAUGGGAUUUAAAACAUGUGUGCAUUUCCGUGAUUUCAUCCCAGGGACAGCAAUUGCAGACAACAUUGUGAAUGCCAUUCAAACAAGCCGUCGAACAAUUCUAAUAUUGUCCCCCGAUUAUAUCAAAGGAGAAUGGACACGUUUGGAGUACCAACUCGCACAACAAGAAAUGCUCAAGCUUAGAAAUCGCAUAAUUCCAGUAAUGCUUGAGGACAUAUUGGAUGAGAAAAUUGAUGAGAAUCUCAGAUACAUCAUAGAAUCUGUCACUUAUAUAAAAUAUCCUCUGAGAGAAGAGGGCACAAAGGCUGAGGAAGAUUUCUGGGAGAGAAUAAGGCUUGCAAUGCCUAAAAAGAGGUCACAUAAGAACAAGAGCUCAGAUUUGGUGAAUAAUAGUAUUGUAAACCCCAACUAUGAUGAUAAUGUAGCAGCUAAAGCAUCCACUCCAAUGCAAGUCAUGUCUCAGUUGUGAACAUAACUUGCAUAAAUUAUAUUGAGCAACAUUUUUCCAUAUGAUUCAUAUAAAACUGACA